CCCGGCCCGACGCGGGCCCGCCUAAGCGCCGGCCCUUUCCUACGGGCUCCCAAAGGCAGCCGCCAAAAAUGAGCCACUCGCACCCCGCUGGAUCUCUUGCAGCAUAUAACAGCCUCAUGGAUAAACACUUGGCUGGCUAUUUCAACAACACCAGGAUAAGACGGCAUCUGCAGAGAUCAGGGCUGAUUACUAGAAGUGGAAGAAUCCUUUCUGAGAGAGAAUACAAACUAAACGCCAUGCGGAGGGAUCAUCAAAAAUAUGUGCGGCAGUGCCUAGCUCAGGCUUUAUUUCACAAGAUUCUUGAUAUGGAGCGCCAUCACCAUCUUGAAAUAAAAAAGAAGCUGGACAACUUUAUUGGAAAGGAUCGAGUUCAGAGAAUUAAGGUGGAACGUGGGCAAAGACCUUUUGAAGAUAACAUUACUCUUCUGACUCCACAUCCACCAACUGUCCCAAAGAAUCGCCACAGGUGCCAUGCCUUGAUGAAUCAAGAGCAAUUUGUUCCUUCGCAAUUGACUCCUCCUCGACCGAACACAGCCCCAGGAAACAUGCAACGUCCCGUUCGACUGCAGCCUCUUCUCAGUAAUCCCUCAGGAGGAUUUGUCCCAAAAAGAACUUCAGGCUUCAGAUCAAAGACCUCUGCACAUGAAAGCCACCCUCCAUUUCCUAGUGGGGGUCACAAAGAUGUAAGGUUCCUGAACUCCACGGGCUUUUCGAAUCGAACCUCCCCCUAUCAGCUUCCCAUUAUCAACAAUUUCAUGGUGCCAGUUCCUCCGCCGCCUAAAACAGAUAAUGUCACAAAAGGAACUCGACCCGGGAUGCUGAGAGGAAGACGAUUUCGCCCGACCACAGCUCCAAAUGACUUGGAACCUCUCCCGCCCAAGGAUUCAGGAAAAUUUCACAGAGUCUCGCCACACAGUAAUGCAUCUAUUACGAUGGUCUACUUGGGGAAGAGCGUGCACUUGUCUCAUGACGAUAUUGACUACCGGGAUGAGAUAAAAGUUUAUCAGCAACACUGUGGUGGGGAAAACCUCUGUGUCUACAAAGGCAAACUACUGGAAAGAGAGACUUUUCAGUUCAUUUCCAAGCGUCAUCACGGUUUCCCCUUCAGCCUCACGUUUUUCCUCAACGGGAUGCAGUUGGACAGGUUGAGCUCCUGUUGUGAGUACAAGUACCGGAAAGGGGCUCGGCUGGGAGGCAGACGUGGAUACUUUGGAUUUGUCAGCGUCGAAGGAGCCACACCCUGCUACAGGUGUAUUAUUGCAAUGGAUCUUGAUAAAAAACCAUCUCCUCCACCUAAAAAGAAAAGAGAAGAGGCUGAUGAAAUGGAAGAGGUGCUGAUGAAGGAUGCAGAAUGCUACAAAACAAGUAAGACUGUGGUCGAUGAAGAGAACAAAACAGCCACAUCUGCCAGUUCUUCAGUUUAUAAAGAAGAAUAUGAUGAGGAUUUUGAGAUAGAUGAGGAAAAAUCAGAUGAGAAAUUUAACAAAGAAGGACAGUGUGAUGAUCAAGUGAAUGGAGUUUCAAAGUCCCAGUCGGAUGAUGAAAAAGAUCACUUAGACCAUGAACAGGAGAGUAAAACCUCAUCUGAAAAAGCACCAGAGGCCUCUGAGAGUGAAAAAGAUGAAAGUGAUUCACACUCUGACAGUGAGUUGGAAGAAGAUGAGCAGGAUAGGAAAAGUGACUCAUCAAUCUCUUCGAGAAGUUCUCCAUGUGUUAGUACCAGUGAAGAAGAAUCUGAAGCUGAAGAAAAGGAAGUCCACAUAAAGGACAUCGAAGGGCAAGAGACCGAAAGAGUGUUUUCUAGGGAAGCAACAGAAAAUGAUCAGGCAGGAAAGGUCCACAUUUUAGCUGAGGACUCUCUAGUAAAUGAAGUUGGAUGUGAAGAAGAAAUCGAAGCCGAAAAUUCGACAUCUGAAACUGUGUCAAGGCUGGAAGAAGGUAAGAAUGUCAGUGAAGGUGAAGAUGAGCAGAGCAACCGGAAAGCUGGACAAAAGAUGUCUCUGGAACACAAGUCUAAACAAGGGGAGAAUGAGGUCUUGCUGGCUCUGGAGGGAAACCUGACUGAAAUGGAGCAUCAAAAGGAGGAACCUUUGGAAGAUGAUGAAAGUGUUGACUGCAAAGCAGUUCAAGAGAAAAUAGCAGAGGCAAAUGGAAAGGUUGAAUGUUCCCAUUCUGUGCUUGUACCCAGCAAUUCCAGUACAAGUGAAGAGGAGCAAACCUUCAGGAAAAGUGUGUAUGAUGCGACUAGAGAUGGGGCCAUAGUUGUAGAGGAAACCACACUUGAGAUGGAAGAAGACAUCAAGCAAGCUGCACCUGUGGGGAAGUUGCUAAAGGAGAAAGAACCGUUUAAGGAGGAUAUGGUGGUUGGAAAAGUGACCACUGAAAGGGAAGAGGCAGGAGAAGAUGCGGGUCUCCAGAUGGCUGAGGAAGCGAUCCCUGUGGGGCGGUGGGCAGAAGAGAAAGACGUAGACACACAUAUCACUGAAGCAGAUAGAGAAACCUUUAUGGGGGAUGGGGAGAGAGUUUCAGCAGCCAAAUUGAGAGGGGCAGGGGCAGCAAAUGAAGAAGAAUCAACAAAUAAGGGAGAGGAAGUUAAGGGAGAGGAAGCAGAAUCUGACAGGAAGAAGGCCAGAAGAAACCCAAUGCCAGUGGAAGAACUAGGAGCUAUUGGAAUAGAACCACCUGGAGAAGUGGCUUCUGUAAAAGACUUAGCAGGAACUAAAGAAAAGGAGAAGGAGGAUGAGGUAGAAACUGUAGGCAAGGCUGUCUCACAGGGGGAUGAGGCUAGAGGGUAUAUACCAUCCGUAAUGGAAGUGGUGUUUCAGAAGGAAGAGGUCUUUGAAGGGACAGUGCCUGAGAGAAAGGUAGCAGCUGCUGCCAUGGAAGAAAUUGAGAGAGAGAGGGUGUUUAGGGAGGUAGAAUCUGAAAGGGAGGAGGAUGAGAAGGAGGAAGAAUCAGAGGGGGAGGAAGCCAAUAAGGAGAGAGAGAAAGCUGCUAGAAAGAUCCAGUCUCUGAACCAAGCUGUAUCUGAGGGGAGCCAGUGGGCCACAGAAGGUGUAGCUGUGGAGGACAAGGCACUUGAAAAGGAAGGGACUGAGGGAGAGAAAGCUGUGUGGAAGAAAGAAUCUGAGGGAAAGAAGGAGAGGAAGGUAGCUUGUGAGAGAGAGGAGGAAGAAAAAGAGAAGGGGUAUGGGGAGAGGGAGGAGACAAAGACAUUUGCCUCUGAAAACAAGGAAGAUGAAGAGAAAGCCCGAGAAAUGAUUUGCGAGCAGGAAGGAAAAGGAGAAGAAAUGGCUUCUGCAGAGGAGGAGGCAGAACAGACAGUUGCAUCUGAACCUGUGAAGAAAAUGAUGCCUCAUGGAGAUGAAUCUCUGAAAGAAAGAGAAGCUUCAGGUGUGAGUUUAGAAAUGGAAGUUAGGGAGUCGCUGAGAAAAACAGAUGACGUUAUGGAAGCAGCAGAAGACAACGUAUCCAAAAUUCUGGAAGUGGUAACUUUCAAAGAAAAAACAGCGCCCGAUGAAGAUCAACCAGACAAAGCUUCGGUGGAGAUCGGUGAACCUUACCAUGAGGAGGAGAGCAAAAUGGAAUCUCCUGAAGAUAAGCAGCCAGGUGAUAAGUUGGCAGCUGAAGAGCAUCCAUCUAGAGAGGAAGUACCAUUAAUGAGUAAAGUACUGGUGGAUAAAGAAGAAACUGAGGAGCGGGAAUGCCUUGAAAGUCCGGAGAAGAAUAGCAAAAUACCUGGUGAGGAAAAAGAAGAAGUAGAAGAAGGGUCUGGAGUAAAAGACACACCUCAAGGUAUGGUAUUUGGCGGGGAGCUCAUGCUAGCAAAAGUGGAGAGCAGGAUAGCAGAGGACCAAGCCACAGUGGAAGCAGAGGACAUACUGGGAAAUCGAGGCCCCAAGGAGAGAAUCGAAGAAGGUAAAGCAACGGAGGUUCAGAAAGUAAGAACGCCAAGUACAGUAGUACUUGAGAAGGAGAUUUUGGCAGAUGAGGCAACAGCUCAAAGAAACAUACUUACAAAGGAAGCCUCUUCAACUUCAUAUAUUGCAAAAGAGGAAAUGCAGCUCAAAGAAGUCCCGAGAGUAGAGAAGACAGUUGUUACCGACAGGUUGGUGGGAGAGGAACAAGCAGUGGGUGAUCCAGGAAUUGAAGAACUAUUGCCAACAGAAAAGGAAGUGAGAGCAAAAAUGCCAUCAAAGGAUGAGUUAGAAGUCACCCAGGAAACCUCUGAGGUGAAAGAUGUGUCCAAACAAGUGGUAGCAGAUGCGACAAUAGGGGAGUCUUGGAUGGGUGAGAGGGACAGAGUUGAGGAGGGAGGGAUUGAUGAGGAAAUGAGAUUUCAGAUAGCAGGCACCAGCCAAAAAACAGAAAAGAGUGAGAAAGAAUCCAGUGGACAGAAUCCACCAGGUACAGAAAUAAGUUGUGUGAAAAAUGAGCCGAAUGAAAUGCAAAAGAAAAAAGAAAAUUCCCCAGAAAGGAAGAGAGAAAAUGUAGAAAGAUCAAUUGAAGAACGUGAAAUUAAGGAGAUUAAUUCAUGAAUGGUUGGAAGAUAACUUCUUGGAUAGCACAAGAAGGAGAAAAAGACUCCUCCAAAUAAUCAUCCUCUUUUCCCUCUCUCUGGAGCCUAAUUUUAAUUUUUUUUUAAAUUUAACUGUGAUCUAUAUUUUGAACCACUGUAAGAUCGUGAUGAUUGUGAUAGUUCUCUCUUCUUUAUGCCCUGACCAGAGGUGAUGGUGGUGUUGAUAUUAUUAUUGUUGUCAAGCACUGUCCUGAGUGUUGGGGUAGAUACAAGUUAAUCUCAUUGCACACAAUCUCUGCCCCACCUGAGACUCACAGUCAAUGUAGGAAGGAGACUGGGCAUUGAGUCCCUAUUUUACAGAUGAAGAAACUGAGACAUAGAGACUUGCCCCAGGUCACCCAGCAUGCAAGUGAUAGAGUCAUCAUUCAAACCCAUGUCCUCCUGACUCUGAGGCCAGUGCUCUUUCCACAGGCCAUGCUGCUACUCAACAGCAUUUCAAGCUGUGAUAUUUUACCCAGUGCAACUCUGGAGCACUGAGCCAGACCCGUAGGAUUCUGCUGAGAAAAAAUGCUCCCUUAUAGAUGAAGGAAACAUGCUCCCUUAUUGAUUUACUCCCGUAUAGAUUGCAUGAAAUUUCUAAAGCAGAUGUUAACUUUCACACAAGCUGACUCCUGCUGAUCUUGUCUAUUCCAAACAUUCAUUUUCAAAUUGUGAUCCCAUUCCAAAGCACCACUCUAGAACUCUCAGUUUCUGAAGCUGGUGGACUGAAGGCAGGACUUUUUUUAAAUAAAGCCUGCCUAGUGUUUCAAAUCUCUUGGACUUGGAUAUCUGGUCCACAAAAUCAUUUCCAAGGAUUUACUUGUGCACUUAUUAUUGUUGGAAGGGGGUCUGCCUCUCUAUCUGGACUGCUGACUUUGAUCUCAUGAGUUGUUCCAGUGAAGUGGAGUUCCAGUGAAGUGGAUUGGGCGACACAUAUCCCUGUUUACAGUUAAAAUGUGAUAGAGGAUCUUUUAGGGAAAAUGAUUCCUGUGAUCCCAAACCCCUUGCUGAAAUACUUGUGUGCUGGUCUGGGGUCUCUCAUCCUCAAUGAUGCUACUUAAUGGGUGUGCAUUGCAAAGGAGAGGAGCAGUUCAAAUCUGAAGCAAAAAUUGACCUGCAUUACUGGGAUAAUCACUAUACAAAAGGAAAGGGACAGAAAGAAGUCACACGCACAGGUAAAAGUUCCCAGCACUGAGAAUGUUUUCAGUUGAAGGAGCUGAAAUUGCAGCUGAAAUGUUGUCUCCAGGUUCGGUGUUUUCAGCUUUUUGGAUUGAACCCUCAGUAUUAUUACUUCAUGAAUAAUAGUAAUAGCAGUGCUAACAGUAAUACAGCUGUGGGUGCCUGAGGCUUCCUUGGGAGCAUUUUCGAUCAUGUAUCCUCCCCUGGAAGGAUGGUGGGGGGUGGUCUCUUUGUGGAGACCUGGAUGGUCCAUUGCCAUGAGCUCAUUCUACAGCCACCAUGGUCCGUACUGGUCUUGCCUUCCUGAGUGCCAGAUCCAAAGCAUGUCACUCAGAUGAUGAACUAGUGAUAAUUUGCUAGUGAAAUGAUUCCUUGCUCAAGACCAUUCACCACACAGUCCAUCAAUCAAUCGUAUUCAUCGAGCACUUACUGUGUGCAGAGCACUGUACUAACUGUUUGGGAGAGUACGGCAUAAGAGUUGGAAGAUAUGAUCCCUGCCCACAUUGAGCUUAAACACUUCCUGUACAACUAAGGUCGAGUGAUUAUUCACUUUAGGAUGGACUGGGUCUCAGUUUUGGCUUCAUUGGUCUUUUUCUUCUGGUUGGGAAAUUGACUUAAAAGUAGGGUGUUCAUUGCUACAGCAUUUAUUUGGUUUUGCUUCGUGAUUGUAUUUUUGCUUUCAGUCGGUACUAGGCACUUUUGAAUAUAUGAGGCCAAUGCAGGAAAGGAAGUAUCCCGGCUUCCUUUAUUUUAAAAAAAAAUGUAUGGAGUGCGGAAAGAAAUGACAGUCGAUUGCCUUCCUACCUGUCUCUUUUUUAAGUUUUCGAUUGCUUUCCUACCUGACUCUUUCAAGUUUCCCUAUUCUGCAAUGCAACUGCAUGAUUUACACAUGUAAUUCUCUAUUAUGAAAUUCAGUGUUAUUUGCUGUGGUAUUUCUCUUUAUUCAGCAUAUCACUGUUCAUGUGUGCCUUUGUGGAACCAAAAUCUUUUUCAGUGUUCUUCAUUAUUGAAAGCACAAAUAAAAAACUAAUAUAUACAGAA